GUGUGUGUGAGAAGGAGCGGGACCACGUGCGGCAUUGUGUGCGCGGCUGUGGGGAGCUUGUGGCUGCUCGAAUGUUACCGCGUUUGUCCCCGUAGUGGGGUGGGACUGUGUCGCCGUGUGACUGUGUGCAGAGCUCAGAGUCUCGCUCUUUCACCCAGGCUGGAGUGUAGUGGUGCGAUCUCAGCUCACCGAAACCUCUGCCUCCCAGGUUCAAGUGAUUCUCCUGCCUCAGCCUCCCAACUCUACCCUUUUCCAAAAGAAGAGCCAAGAGAAGGUCCUUUUCUACAAAUAUCAAAGCCAUGGCUCAGGAGUCAGUGAUGUUCAGUGAUGUGUCCAUAGACUUCUCUCAGGAGGAGUGGGAAUGCCUGAAUGAUGAUCAGAGAGAUUUAUACAGAGAUGUGAUGCUGGAGAAUUACAGCAACCUGGUUUCAAUGGCAGGGCAUUCUAUCUCUAAACCAAAUGUGAUCUCCUACUUGGAGCAAGGGAAGGAGCCCUGGUUGGUUGACAGAGAGCUAACAAGAGGCCAGUGGCCAGUCCUGGAAUCAAGAUGUGAGACCAAGAAAUUAUUUCUGAAGAAAGAAAUUUAUGAAAUAGAAUCAACCCACUGGCAAAUAAUGGAAAAACUGACAAGACAUGAUUUUCAGUGCUCUAGGUUCAGAGAUGAUUGGGAAUGUAAUAUCCAGUUUGAGAAACAACUUGGCUCUCAGGAGGGACAUUUCAAUCAAUUGAUAUUCACUCACGAAGAUCUGCCCACUUUGAGGAAACAUCCAUCCUUUACAUUACAGCAAAUCAUUAAUAGUAAAGAGAAAUUCUGUGCCUCUAAAGAAUACAGAAAAACCUUUAGACAUGGUUCACAAUUUGCUACACAUGAGAUAAUUCAUACCAUUGAGAAGCCCUAUGAAUGUAAGGAAUGUGGAAAGUCCUUUAGACAUCCCUCAAGACUUGCUCAUCAUCAGAAAAUUCAUACUGGCAAGAAACCCUUUGAAUGUAAGGAAUGUGGAAAAACCUUUAUUUGUGGCUCAGACCUUACUCGACAUCACAGAAUUCACACUGGUGAGAAACCCUAUGAAUGUAAGGAAUGUGGGAAGGCCUUUAGUAGUGGUUCAAACUUCACUCGACAUCAGAGAAUUCACACAGGUGAGAAGCCUUAUGAAUGCAAAGAAUGCGGGAAGGCCUUUAGUAGUGGUUCAAAUUUUACUCAGCAUCAGAGAAUUCAUACUGGGGAGAAACCCUAUGAAUGUAAAGAAUGUGGCAAUGCCUUUAGUCAGAGCUCACAACUUAUUAAACAUCAAAGAAUCCAUACAGGUGAGAAACCCUAUGAAUGUAAGGAAUGUGAAAAGGCUUUUCGUUCUGGCUCAGACCUUACUAGACAUCAGAGAAUUCAUACUGGUGAGAAACCCUAUGAAUGUAAGAUAUGUGGGAAGGCCUAUUCUCAGAGUUCACAGCUUAUUAGUCAUCAUAGAAUUCAUACUAGUGAGAAACCCUAUGAAUAUAGGGAAUGUGAAAAGAACUUUAAUUAUGGUCCACAACUUAUUCAGCAUCAAAAUUUGUACUGGUGAUAAACCAGAAUAUAUGAAAUGUAUAGAUAGGGAGGCUUUUAAUUAUGGCUCGAAAUAGAAUUUGUCUGCUUAAUAAUUCCUCUAGGCUGGGUAGAGUGGCUCACAUCUGUAAUCCCAGCACUUUGGGAGGCCAAGGAGGACAGAUCACCUGAGGUCGGGAGUUAGAGACCAGCCUGACCAACACGGAGAAACCCCAUCUCUACUAAAAAUAUAAAAAAAAUUAGCCAGGUGUAAUGGCACAUGCCUGUAAUCUCAGCAACUUGGGAGGCCGAGGCAAGAGAAUCGCUUGAACCGAGGAGGCAGAGGUUGUGGUGAGCCACAAUUGCACCAUUGCACUCCAGCCUUGGCAAUGAGCAAAACUCCCUCUCAAAAAAAAUAAUUCAGGAUAAUGUAGAAGCAUUUUAUUUGCAGACUAUAGCUUAUUCAGCCUGGGAAAGAUAAUGUUGGAGAAACACCCUAUGAUAGAAUAUACUUUGGAAAUCCUUAACUAAAUGCUCACUUCUCUUGACAUCAGAUAAUUCAGUCUGACAAUAUGAUAAAUAGUUCAGUCUGUUGUGCUGAAAAGGACAGCAUUUUAAACACCUUUCUAAGCUUAAACAUCAGAGAAUUUAUGUGGAAAUAUAGUCCUGUGAUUUUCAUUUUUUUCCCCUAAUUUGUCUAAUUUUUACAUUAUUAGUAUUUUAAUCCAUCUUAAAUUUACAUGGCUGUAAAUUUCAUCUGUUUACAUCCUGAUUUGUAAAAUAUUUUUAAUAUUUUAAAAUAGUACCUGGGAGAAAUGACCUCUAUUUUUGAAGAUGGCUUAUUCUUUUUGCUCUUUAUAACAUUAAGUCUUCCUUAUUGUAAAAAUGUUCAUGAACAGCAUUUCACUCAAUAGAGAUCCUUUAAUAUCUUCAUGGUAUUUUGUUUGUUACUGUAAUAUCACUUAUAAAAUCCUAUUGGUGGAUAUUAUAGUCUUCUCUAGAUAUUUUGCCAUAAUACAUGCCAAAAUACAAGUCCCUGAUGGGUAUUCUCCCUUAGCACAUCUUUGUAUCAUGUCUUGUUUUUUGUUUUUUCCUUUUUUGAGAUGGAGUCUUGCUUUGUUGUCCAGGCUAGAGUGCAGUGGUGCAAUCUUGGCUCCCUGCAGCCUCUGCCUCCCGGGUUCAUGCAAUUCUUCUGCCUCAGCCUCCUGAGUAGCUGGGAUUACAGGUGCCCGCCACCACACCCAGCUAAUUUUUGUAUUUUUAGUAGAGACAGGGUUUCACCAUCUUGGCCAGGUUGGUCUUGAACUCCAAACCUUGUGAUCCACCCGCCUCAUCCUCCAAAAGUACUGGGAUUAGAGGCAUGAGCCACUGCACCUGGCCGUAUCAUGUCUUUUAAUUGCAGAAAUAAUAUGUGAAUAUAUUUUUCUUAUAAAAGAUGCAGGCAUUACAAAAAGGUACCCUUUGACCAUCAUCCUUGUAUCCAUUCCAUUCCCAAAAAAUAGUCUUUAUCAGUUUAUUAUUUAUUCUCAUCAUUUUUCUGUUUAUAUGCACGUGUGUCUCAGUAAAAAUUAUAAAAUGGGGGGUAAUUAUAAUACCUACCUCAUAAUGCUUUGUGAGGACUGAUUAAAACACAUAAAGUGCUUAGAAUUGUGCCUGACAUAAUAAAUACAUACCCACUGAAUGUUAGUCAUCAUUAUUGUAUUCAUCAUCAUCAGUAUUAUUAUUUGUAGAAAGGCUUUUUAACUUCUACAGAACUUAGUCACCGUUAGGCAGGGUAUUUGACUGAAGAAAGACCCUUUGAAGGUAACAAGUUAAGAACAUUUCCCAUCAUCAUGUACUUCCUAUUGAACAUGAAAUAAGCCUAGGUGUUGGUGGGGAAAGUAUUGUGAAUAAUGUGUGUGAUGAAUUUUAUUCUGACUGAUAACUUUCUGCCACAUUUUAUACCCAGUGAAACAUAAAACAUAAAAUAUUGGUGCACUUAUGAGGAAAAAAAGUAUGAAAAGAGAAAGGGCAUCAUAUUUUAAAAAUGGACAGAGAUAAAAACAGUUACAGAUUUAAAAGUUUCUGUUGAAUAUAAUGUUUUUUUCUGAUGUUUGAAAAUUUAAACAAAAUGAUUUUAAAGGAAAAAUAGACAUCAAUAUUGACUCCAAGAAAAUUAGAAUUUUUUUUUUUAAGAUGGAUUCUCACUGUAGCCAAGGCUAGCAUACAGUGGCAUGAUCUUGGCUCACUGCAACCUCUGCCUCCUGGCUGCUGGUUCAAGCAAUUGUCCUGCCUCAGCCGCCCGAGUAGCUGGGAUUACAGGUGCAUGCCACCAUGCCCAGCUAAUUUUCAGGAGGCAGAGGUUGCAGCGAGCCAAGAUCGUGCCAUGGCACUUCAACCUGGGCGACAUGGUAAGACUCUGUCUCAAAAAAAAACAAAACGAAACAAAAAAGCCCAAAGAUUGGCUUUGUUUGGGGUUAGGUUAGUGUUUUAAAAUGGGCCCUCCCUGUGCUCAGAAAAUGCUCAGCAAACAGCUCCCCACACUGGACAGAUUACAUGUGUGGGAGGAUGAAGUUUAUGUCUGUAGAUCUGUUAUUUUAUGCCCCACUUCCUUUUUUCUUAGAUCCUGUGUAGAGGGGUCUCUCUGAACAUUGUGUUACUUUGCUUUUUACAGGCAUAAGGAAGUAAAAUAUUUCAUAAUAAAAUUGAGAAAGGUAGAAUGAGCAAAAUACCUGCAAAUGAGAGAAUUAACAAAGAUGGACUAUUCUAAUGUUUUGCAUUAUCAAAAUGAGAACAACCAAAUGAAAUUUUGUUUAUAUUCUUUUCUUCUGUGCUUAUGUCUUUUAGAAAGUUCCUCAUCUAAAAUUACAAAAAUAAUGUAUUUGCAUCUAAAUUCAUGAAACAGUACCACUAAGGAAAAAAAUGAUUAGUUUUGUCCUUCUCCGUUCCUCAUUCCUUCCUGUGUCCAUUUUCUUCUGAAUAAUGUUUAAAGGUUGUGUAUAUUACCCAUGUACUUCUCCAUGCUAAAACAUUAACACAGUUAUUUUUUUAUUAUGUUUUUACAAAAAGAAGUAGAUGAUAACUAUAUAUUUCCCUUAAAUUUGCUUUUUUACAUUCAACUGUACAUUUUGGAUUUUCCUUCAAGCCAAUGGAUGAUUAUCUAACAAUCUUUCUGACGGUUACAGUAUGUUCCACAGUAUUCUUGUACCAAUGCCUUUUCAACCAUUUUCCCAAUUGUGAUAUUACAGAUUGUUUGCUCUUUUUUGCCAAGUGCUGAGUAAACACUCUUGUAUCCUUAUUCUAUUUCUAUAAAAUAAGUUUCCCAAGUCAUUUCCACUGUUUUGUAUGUUUCUUUAGAAGGUUGUGCUUCUAGAAAAUUUCAGGGGGCAAGAGAAUAAAGGAAUAGAGUGCAGUUUUUCACAUAUGUGAUUCUGUUAGUGUGUAUACACAGAGAUAUAAUAUUUUAAUACAUUAGGUAUUGAUUACUGUAUAUGAAAUAAUGCAGGAUGUCAGACUUGUUUCUAUCCAGGAAUAAAACCAAUUAUGCCAGAAGUAAUUAUUAUUCACCUUUCUCCUACUGAAUUAAAAUACUGUCAAUUGUAUAUUAAAUGCUCACAUACUCACAUCUAUUUCUGUUCUCCAUAUUCUAGCAAUCCUUGACACUUUUCAGCAGCUUUUGUAACUUGGAAAUAAAAAUCUAUGUAUAUAUUAUUAAUAUAUAGUUUAUUACUUGGAAAUAAAGACAUGUUUCUUCAUGAGAA